AUGCGGGAACGUGGGGAGUAUCCAGAAUUUGCGUUUUAUGAUGAGUUGCAGAUGUAUCGGCGGGAAGGGAGGGAUACGCACGAACUGGAGGGAGGGCAGAAGUUGGCGAGAUAUAAGAAUAUGGCUAUUAAGCGUAUGAUUUGGAAGAUGUUGGGGGCCGAGAGGAGUGCGCUGUGGAGGCGGAAGUGGUAUUUUUUUAUUGAUACGGAUACUUUUAUCGAAUGGGAUAAUCUGCUUGCCUUGCUGGAGCAUUUAAACCCUUUAAAAAAUAUGUAUAUGGGGAGUCCGGUUUGGGGCCCUACACCCCCGUUUGCGCAUGGUGGGAGCGGUUAUGUAUUCUCGUACAAGGCCUUGGAGACACUUAAUAUGCCUGGCCGGGGUGGCGACGAGGAGUUAAUGUAUAGCCAGUAUGGCGUAAACACGACCGCGCUGUGCUGUGGUGAUGAGGCUUUGUCGGUGGCGCUGAAGCGGAAAGGCAUCGAAAUCAAAGGGUAUUGGCCUUUGUUUAACGGAGAUCCACCAGUGACGAUCAAUUUUGGGCCCGAGAUGUGGUGUGAGCCGCAACCCUUUCUAUUUAGAGAUUUGUUUGAAAAUGCAGCGUUGAAGAUCGAUGUACAAGCAACGUUGUUCUUGGGCUGA